AUGACGGCUGCAGAAAAUGUGUGCUAUACAUUAAUCAUUGUUCCUAUGGACUCGGAGCCACCCUCUGAAAUGAGCUUAAAGAAUGACUUGGGUAAGUUAUGCUUUUUGGACCAUACUUUUAUAGUUGUAUAUACAUUUAUUUCAAAUAUUCUAUUGCCUGUUGUGCUGUUGUGGCAAUCAGAGAAAUGUUAGGAAAGAAAAAAAUGAAAUGAAAAUAUUUUAAACAUUAAAUGCUGUAGAACAGCCUUUAAAAAGUGAAACAAACUAAUUUAAGCGUAUAGUAGCAGCUAAAAUGGUUAACAGACCACACAUCAGUGUGAGGAAAUACAUAAGGUCUCAUGGGCAAAACAUGGGAGGUGGAGUAAACAUGUUGCAGAGUAAACAGUGAUGAAUGAUGAGUUAAAUUUCAGUUCUUCUGCACUCUGUUGCAGCUCUACUGAAAAAGUGGAGUGCAGCAAAAGUGCAGGCAUUGCUGAGUAAGUGUGUGUGUGUGUGUGUGUGUGUGUGUUCUAUUGCAUGCAACUCUUGUGCAUUACAGCCACUGCAUAGAGGAGCCACCAUAUGGGAACUUUUCAUGCAUUCUUUUGUGUGGUGGUUGUAUGUAAGAAUUUUGCCUAAAUUGAAUUGUGAGUAAUGUGAGGCACAUGUAAACCCAAUAGUGUCUACCCAGAAAUGCUUCCCCUUCCCCUUUACUUGUGUGUUCUUUUGGUUGGAGUAGUACACAAUUAAAUAGUCGUCACCAAAUUGUUGCCUUCCAGGUAUUUUGGAUUCUAGCUCUAGUCAGCACCAGCCGGCAUGGGUCAUAUUGGCUGGGGCUUACAUCUGGGGGGCACCAGGUUGGCAAAGGCUACGGUUUACUAUGCCAAAGUGUAGAAGCCUCCUCUAUAGUGUUUAUCAUGUAACAAAAUGUAGCAGUAGUGAACAAGAAAUUCAGAAUGAUAGUAUGUAAUGCAACAACAUUUUAAAAAUGUUCUGCUAUCAUAGUUUGUGGUUAAUGUAACUUACGCAGCUUCUUUUGUCUAACAGAAAAAGGAGAUGUGAAAUCUAAGACAGAGGCCUUGAAGAAAGUAAUCAUAAUGAUUUUAAAUGGUGAAAAGCUGCCAGGACUUUUGAUGACUAUUAUUCGGUUUGUGCUGCCACUUCAGGACCACACCAUCAAAAAACUGCUUUUAGUAUUUUGGGAGAUUGUUCCCAAGACCACUCCAGAUGGUAGACUGUUGCAAGAAAUGAUCCUUGUUUGUGAUGCCUACAGAAAGGUUAAUCUUUUAUUUAUUCUACUUGUAGCAUAGAAUCGUAAUAUGUAAUCAACACAAUUUGUAAUCAACCAUCCUAAUGCUAUAGCAUAUAUCCAAAUAUCCUGCUUUGUAAGUGGAAUAUGUUUUUGUCUUGUUCUUUUGGACCAAGAUGUGGUUUUAUUGUAAAAAUGACUUUCAGUUUUGGAUUAGUUUUGCCUUUGUCCAGAUUUAGUUGAUUUUUAUUUUGUUCAGAUUUAGUAGACUUAGUUGAUGUAAGGAGACCAGAAUGCAAUUGUACUUUGUUUCCAAAUACAUAUAUCAUCUUGAUUUUGAUGUUUCAGGAUCUUCAACAUCCAAACGAGUUCAUCAGAGGAUCCACUCUCCGUUUCCUUUGCAAGCUUAAAGAAGCAGAAUUGCUGGAACCAUUGAUGCCAGCUAUUCGUGCAUGUCUGGAACAUCGUCAUAGCUAUGUGCGCAGGAAUGCAGUCCUUGCAAUCUACACUAUUUACAGGUAAAUUUUGCAAAUUUACUAAAGUCCCAGCUGUCAGACUAGGAACAUAGCUAUGCUGUAUCUUUGGGGGGGGGGGAGGUGACAACCUAAAAUGAUGCUCAUCAUAUUUCCCCCUUCUUAAUGCAUUAAAGCUAUUUAGUAAUUAUAUAAUGCUCAAAUAAAAUUAAGCUUGAUUAUCACCUGUUAAAAACACCGACUUAAAAUCUUAUUUCAAUAAAUGCUUGAAGAAUUCAUAAUUCGUAUCUGUUGUGGUUUUUAUAUUAUUGCGGAUUUUACAUCCCAAUUCAGUUGCUACUUCUAGCAGAGAAAUAUUUCUAAAUACUUUUUGGUUUGGUUUAUUUUGCCUCUACUAAACUGUUCACACAUGCUGCAUGGGAGUGUUACUUAUGAAAGGACUUUAUCAGUUUUGUGUGCGCUGAAAUUAAAUCAAGUAUGGAAAGCAGUCCUGUUUCUUUGACCCUAAUGGAUGAAAUCCAGUGUUGCACCAAUGAAUGCAGUGUGAUCUCUCCUCCUCCCUGUAGCUCUCAGCAGAUUUUGGAGGAACACAGGAGGGAGGAGAGGAAGGGAAAGUAAUGUUUGCAUGAGUGGAAGUCCAUUGCACAAGCAGGAUGCCACAGUUGUCUUCCAAUCUGUCCAGAAGCCCCUUUACAAGUACACACAGACCUGCAGAGCUAGGAGUAUAGCACACUGGGUUCUGGUGAAAAACAGUUAAUGACCAUAAUUUUGAUAGCUUUUUAUGCGGAAUGCUUGUGAGCCAGUCUAUCAUUCAAAUUAAUUAAGAAAUGGCAUUGAGCCAUUGUGAGAAAUUGGGAGCAUUUAACUUCAUUUUCAGAAAUACUUAUUUUAAGUUUACUUUUUGGUCCAAGCUAAUGUAAACCAGGCUAAAAUAAAAUCAUGAGACUUCACAGAACUGUUCAUAGCUUGUUAAAUAAACUGAGGCUGCAAUCCAUGGAACUCCUUUCUAUGUGGCUUUUUUCUUUGCAGCAUAUUAUAGUUUUGAAACUCUUCAAAUUGGUUUGUCAAGCAGUGCAUAAGGAAAGGUUUGAAGCCAUCAUGAUUGUUAGAAGUUUGGUGUGUAGCCCAUGAAUUGCAGCUAAGUUAUAAUUACAAUGUUACAGAUUUACCCUGUUAGUAGUCUGCUCUAUUUACAAGCUCUCGGGAAAGGUAAAUACCACAUUUUUCGCACCAUAGGGCGCACCUGACCAUAGGGCGCACCUGACCAUAGGGCGCACCUAGUUUUCAGAGGGGGAAAUCAAGGGAAAAAUAUGAUUCCCCCCCCCCCCCAGCUCUGGGAGCAGCGGACAGGCUGCAGGCAGCCUGUGCGAUUCUCACAGACCUUCUUCCUGCUCUUGCGGGAGGUGGGGGAAUUCCCCCACCGCCCGCAGAAGCCCUGCGCUCUUUAAAGGGGCUGCGCGGCUUCGGCUGGCUUUUCUAGGAGGUGGGGAAAUUCCCCCACCUCCCGCAAAACUGGCAGAAGCCGCGCGCACUUUAAAAGGGCUGCACGGCUUCUCCUGGCUUUCCUGGGAGGUGGGGGAAUUCCCUCACCUCUCGCAAAAACCCGCAGAAGCCGCGCAACCCCUUUAAAGAGACCGUGGCUUCUCCUGGCCAGUCAGUCCCUUCUCCCUCCUGUGGAAAAGCCCGCAAGAGCGCACAGAGCUUGUGUGCGACUCUUGCGGGCUUUUCCCGCCUGCCUCCCCCCCUGCAUUCGCUCCAUAGGACGCACACACAUUUUCCCUUGCUUUUUAGGAGGGAAAAAGUGCGUCCUGUGGUGCGAAAAAUACGGUAAUUGUAACCCUGCAGAAAUGGCAUUGGAUAAAACAACUGAAAGAACUUUACCUAUUUUGCUGUUUUUUGAAUAUAAAGAUUGAGCACAGAACAAUUGUUCUUUAACUUUUCUUCAAAAGGCUACAUCUGCAUUUGGUAUUAAUCCAAUUGCAUUAUUGAGCAUUACAUUUGUAAUCUUAAUCUCUGUUCUUUUAAAAGAAACUUUGAGCAUCUUAUACCUGAUGCCCCUGAACUGAUCCAUGAUUUUCUUGUGAAUGAGAAAGAUGCAAGUUGCAAAAGAAAUGCCUUCAUGAUGCUUAUUCAUGCUGAUCAGGUAAAAAUAAAUGUCCCCCCAUUCUUCUUGGUUUUGAAUUAUGUUUAAUAAUAAUAAUAAUUUAUUUGUACCCUGUCCAUCUGGCUGGGUUUCUCCAGCCACUCUGGGCGGCUUUCAACAAAAUAUUAAAAUACAAUAGUCCAUCAAACAUUAAAAGCUUCCCUAAACAGGGCUGCCUCCAGAUGUCUUCUAAAAGUCUGGUAGUUGUUUGGUGGGAGGGUGUUCCAUAGGGCGGGUGCCACUACCGAGAAGGCCCUCUUCCUGGUUCCCUGUAACUUGGCUUCUUGCAGCAAGGGAACCUCCAGAAGGCCCUCAGUGCUGGACCUCGGUGUCUGGGUAGAAUGAUGGGGGUGGAGACGCUCCUUCAGGUAUACUGGACUGAGGCCGUUUAGGGCUUUAAAGGUCAGCACCAACACUUUGAAUUUGUGUUUUAAUUUAAGAGGCAUAUCCCUACCUUGCCUUCACUCAUCCAGCUCUAUCACCCCAAGCUGUCUAAAUGUUUCCUGCUUCAUCAAACAACUGCACCCUUUCUCCCUUCCUGCCCCUUAUGCUUGGAAACAUCUCCCAGAAUGCCUUUUGUGAUGCCAUCUCUCUCUUUUUCUUCAAAUUCCUCUUCAAAACACAGGUUUUCAAUGAUCCCUUUGGCACUGUCUCCUACUCUCAGUAUGCCUAAGUACGUGUAACUUUAAUAUACGCAUUAUCUUCCAGGCCUGCCACCUCCAUUUCCUUCUGUUGUCUCCAUUUUGUCUUUUUCUAGAUUGUAAGCCUCUUGAGCCUAUUAUUUUAUUAAAGUGUCAUCCAUAUACAAAGAUGGCAACAUAUGACUAAAAAUAAAACUACCUGCUGUAAUUUGGAGUGUCCCUGGUAAACUGAAAGGAUAUAAAAUGUAAAAAUGAAUAUAUACUACUAGGAUUAUAAUGAGAAAUGGCAAAACUCAAAUGUGAAAAUUAUUUUGUUUAUUUCUGAAGGAUCGUGCUUUGGAUUACUUGAGUACCUGUAUUGACCAAGUCCAGACAUUUGGUGAUAUUCUACAACUUGUUAUUGUGGAACUGAUCUAUAAGGUACAGGAAAGAAAUAAUUUUCAACUUUCAUUGGGAAAGAAAUUGUUUCUAAAAAAAAUUAAAUGAGCCUCAGCUCGUUUGUUGCAAACACUGGGAAAUAGAAGUUAAGGACUAACAAAUGUGUUAGUAACUGAGAGUUGUCUCCAGCUAGCUUUUGCUCUGAGUAGAUCCAUUGAAACUAAUGAAUCUAAGUUAGUUAUGCCCAUUCAUUUUAGUAGGUCUACAAUAGACCUUUACAACCUUUACAGUUUUGUGUGCCAGAUUCCACAUCAUCAGAUGGAAAGAUGAUAGGCUGGAUGCAAGUGCAAUCAGAAGGCACUUGCACUGACACAAUAGGAUUCUGUGAUUUCUGAUAAAACUCAUUUCCAUCUUUAGUCACCCAGGUUGAAUAUGAGGGUCUCCCAACUCACAGAAGCGAUUUUUGGAAGCUGUAGCAAGGAGGAGAGGACAAAAAAGCAAUGUUCCAAAAUCAGAGUUAUUGUAGUUUAUCAGAUUCAAACUGGUGUAUUUUUAGAAACAAAUGUUGUUUGAAUAAGACUUCUGUAUCAGUGAUAUUCUUCAUUUUGGUACUGCUAAUGUUUGUAUGGUUAGUACGUUCGUUAAGGUUUUCCCCGGUGUUUGACAACCAGCUGUAGUGUAGUAAUAAGAGAACUAAGCAGUUGGGGGGGGGGGGUUGUUUUUAAAAAAAGAGAUAAUCCAUUCCUCCUUCAGCAAGAGAACAUUGCUUCUGCAUCUUUCAUUUCCAAAUCUAGGUUUGCCAUGCUAAUCCAUCAGAAAGAGCUCGGUUUAUUCGUUGUAUCUACAAUUUACUGCAAUCGUCGAGCCCUGCAGUAAAAUAUGAAGCAGCAGGAACAUUAGUUACACUUUCCAGUGCACCAACAGCAAUCAAGGUACUGCAUCGUAUUGUGACGCAUCAAAACAUUUUUUUAAGUGUCUUGGACAUCAGUAUGCAUUUGGUACUAAGGCAUUUUAAGGCUUGUGAAUUGGAACAGCAGGUAAAGUUUAGGAGUGUCUCACCAAGGUACUGCUUUGUUCAUUGAUUACUGGCACAUGAAUAUGAACAUCGGAUGAACCAUUAUCCAAUUUAUAAUUUAAAGAAAGCAUUUUGAGCAUACUGUGUGAUCAGAGACAAAGUGACCAUUUUGCAAUUCCAUGAUGUUGUACUAAGUCAGGAACAGGCCAAGUUAGAAGGACUUCAAACUGUAUGUUGUCCAAAAGUACCAUGGUAAUGGAACACUCCAGUAUCUUAUUCUUCAGCUGAGAUAUAGUAUAGCAUCGUAUUUGCAUCCUGCCCACCCCCAGAAAUGGAUGCAAAGGUUGAGCUGCAUUUUGCACUUGAAAUAUACAUACAAUUGUUUUCUGAAUGUGUACACCAUAUUUCAUCCUGAUGCCUAAGAUUUAAUGGAAAAUAUAGUGCCACAAAUAUCCGUGCAAACUACCAGAGAAUGUCAAACAGGCAAAUCAAUUCAAGUGCUCAGAAUUAUUGUGCAGGCUUGCCCAUCUUCCUUAGUUUGUAAAAUUUCCUGUUGAUUUAGAAAAACUUGUGUUCUUGCACCUAAUUUGUUUGUCAACUUCUUUUCCUAUAUCACGAAUUGGAAUGUUUUAAGCAUUUUCUUUUCUUUUUUUAACUGAAGGCAGCAGCUCAGUGCUAUAUUGACCUGAUUAUUAAAGAAAGUGACAACAAUGUGAAGCUCAUUGUGUUGGACCGCUUGAUUGAACUCAAGGAUCACCCAGCCCAUGAAAGAGUACUGCAGGUAGGCAUAGUUUUCCAAAAUUCAAAGCUAUACAACCAAAUGUAUGUUGUAUGUUAAAACUGUGUUAUGCAUUUUUGGUUUUUUUAUAUCUUAAUUCUCCCUGUGAUCCUUGGAUGAAGGGUGGUAUAGAGAUUAAAUAAAUAAAGUAAAAUAGAAAUAAAUAUAAACAGCACAUUGCACAGAAAUGAAAUAGCCCACGCCUACAAACAAAGUGAAUUUUAUUUCAGGAUCUAGUAAUGGACAUACUAAGAGUUCUGAGUACUCCAGACUUGGAAGUGCGCAAGAAGACCUUACAGUUGGCUCUCGAUCUUGUAUCUUCCAGAAAUGUAGAAGAGGUAAAACACAUGUUCCUUUCCCCCCACAGCUGAAUCCUAUACCUGUUAAUGUUUGAGUAAAGUCUCUCUUAAUUCACCUUAGCUUAAUUUUGAGUAACUACAUAAUACUUUAGCUUUAAUUUUUUGACCUUUUUUUAAAAAAAUGUAAUUGUUGUUUUGUGCUUUGCUUAUGUCUAGCUGGUGAUUGUUUUGAAGAAAGAAGUAAUUAAAACAAAUAAUGUGACAGAGCAUGAAGAUACUGAUAAAUACAGACAGUUGCUCGUUCGGACAUUACAUUCCUGUAGCGUUCGGUUCCCUGAUAUGGCUGCAAAUGUCAUUCCUGUGGUAAGCAACUCAGUCAACAUUUUGCUUACUGUUACACAGAUUUUGUUACACUUAGCUUGCAAUAAUUGUUUAAUAUUUAAUAGUCGCUUACCUUCUCAGCUACUUUUCUUGUAGCCCUGAUUGGUCCCCCCCCCUUUAUAAAUUUAUUCUUGUUCCCAGUUUGUUGUUUUCUAUUAGUUAAAGCACACACUUUAUUAUAAAUUCUCAUAAUUUUGUUAUGUGAGAAGAGGUUCUUAUUUUUGUGGAACUGUAGUUGGAAGAACAAACUGUAUUACUGCCAGAAAGUAACCAGACAACAUUGUGGAUGUUUAAACAAGAAUUUGUCAUCUUUAUUUUGAAUUAUAAAAGCUUCAGAACAACUUUAUUGAGUCAGAAAGCACUGAGUUCCCUAGGAUUUCUUCUUCUUCUUCUUCUUCUUCUUCUUCUUUUGGCCAAAGUUUACUAAAGUCUUUAGAAAGAAUUCAAUAUUAUGCUGUUCUGAUAGUUCUGUCAGUGCAAGCAAUAUGGCUUGCCAGAUGGAAUUAUCCCCCUUUUCUCCCACCAUGUUGUUCCAAGGGUUCCCUGACCCCAACCCCUGAGCCGGUUGCCUGGGGGGGAAUUGGGGGGGGGGGGAGCCCAUUGCACAAGCAGAAGUCUUUGCACAGGGCUUCUGCUGGAGGGACUCAUUUGUUGAAUAUCACUCCAUAUGAUAUGGGCAGCUAUUGGCCUCUAUGCAUGCAAAGCAGCUGUUGAAUUGUACCUAACUGCCACCUUGUUCCGUGCACUGUGUCUUACAGAAAUAGUUGAGCCUAAAGCACUCUUGCACAUGUACAGUCAAUCCAAAUCCUGUUAACUUCUAGUUCUUGAUCUGGCUAAUGGGGUGCUGAUGUCUUUCAAGUUGUGUGACUUGUUCACUCUCAUCCUAGUUGAUGGAGUUCCUCAGUGAUUAUAAUGAAGCUGCAGCUGCUGAUGUCUUGGAGUUUGUGCGUGAAGCCAUCCAGCGUUUUGAUAAUCUCAGACUACUUAUUGUGGAGAAGAUGCUGGAAGUGUUCCACUGUAUUAAAUCUGUCAAGUAAGUUUAACUUACACCUCAAGUAGACACUGCUCACCACCUGGAUUUAAAGGUUUUAGGUGCUCUAAGUCAGGGGUUGGCAACCUAAGGCCCAUGUGCUACAAGCAGCCCACGGGGGUCGUUGAACCGGCCCAUGAGCCGCCCGCUCGGUGAGUCCCCACACGCUGCGCUAAACCAACACGGCACGGGGACUCGCUUCUGUGGCACCAGAAAUCACGUCUGCGCAGACACCGAUGCCGGAAAUCGUGGGCAUGCGCGCUCGCGAUCUGGCCCAUAGAGGGAUCUCCGCUGGAGUGAAACAGCCCAGGCGAGGUAAACCUUGCCGCCCCCUGCUCUAAGUUGUUAAAAUAGAAGCGAGUUGAGGAAACCGAUGUGGGCACGUAUGACUUUGGCUAAAAUGCUUAAUAAGGAUUCAUUUUAUUGCCUUCAAAUUUUUGUGUGCCUCUGAACAGAUGUGAAAAUAAAUCGUAUAUCUGAUAGACUGCCAAAAAUGCAGCGUUCUUACUCUCAUGUGACUUACUUGUGUUGCCUUUAUAAAUCUGAAGUUAUUGGGCAGUUAAAUUAAUCUGUUUCCAUUACAUACAUCUGCAGCAGCAUGCGAUUGUUUCUAAAUAAAUUAUUGGGUGAGAUUGACAUUUGAAGCCAUAGCGCUAUUGGUUAGAGCAUGGUGCUGAUAACUCCAAGGUUGCAGGUUCGAAUCCCCAUAUGGGACAGGAGGGUGGACUGGAUGAUCCUCAGGGUCCCUUCCAACUCUACAAUUCUAUGAUUCUAUGACACAUAACAAGCCGCAUCAGUAGAAGCCUUGUGUGAGGAUGUCUGCUAGCACAACAGGGAUUUUCUCCUCCUACUUCCACCACACCUCCCAACCAUGGCUUGGAGUGGGGGGCAGGAGAGCCCCCAGAAGAGCCCCCAGGGACAGGGAGUACCAUUCUAUAUGGGAAGCUGCAAUGCCUGUGCAGAUGGAAAUCUGUCCAAAAUUUACCUUACUGAUGCGGUCGUACCUUGGAUCCCAAACACCCUGGAACUCAGACGUUUUGGCUCCCAAACGCUACAAACCUGGAAGUGAUUGUUCCAGUUUGUGAACUUUCUUUUGGAACCCGAACAUCUGACUUCCUGCAGCCAAUCAGAAGCCACGAUUUGGCCCAUUCGCAUGUCUUUUGUUUUCCCACUUCCUCUCACCUUCCUGCCUCCUCCAUGAGUGGAUGCCUCCUGCCAGAUAAAAGCCCUUGCAUUCACAAUAGUGCCCCAAAAGACAGGGGAUUAGACUUUUGCCUUUGUUAGCAGUGGCUUAUAUCCCAUGAGUUUUACUGUUCCUGCAAUAUUUUUCUGCCACUGGGAAAUAAAUCUAGAGUGGUAACUGAAAGAGUGAAGGAGGGAGGAGGAUGCUCUUCCACUCGUCUCCUUUACCUUUGGCAGUUCAUAUAUCUGGUAAGCAGAUCAGUAGAUAACUGAGCCUCUGCUAAGCAAAUACUAAUAAUUUUUGUAGGCUACUUAAUCCUUUUGAGCCGGAAUGACUGAUGUGCCCAUGAAAUGUAUGAGGGUGCAGUUUGCAUCGAUUAUCUGUAUAAAAUUGCAAGGCUGAUUUAUAUAUUUAUUUGUGCUUUAUAGAAUUUAUCGCGGAGCCCUCUGGAUCCUUGGAGAAUACUGUAGCACAAAGGAAGAUAUACAGAGCGUAAUGACAGAAGUUCGUAGAUCACUGGGAGAGGUAGGUGUCUGUAUUGUUAAUCAAAACACAUUUUUCUGUUUUUAUACAUUUCAGGGGGGAAAUAAGCCUUUGAAAACCACAGGAUUUUAAAAUUGGUUACAUUUGGUGGUUUCUUGAGGAUGUGCUGUACAAAUGAAAAACAAUACCAUGCUAAUACCAACUUGUAGUUUCUGCUGAACAAGUUAAUCAAAGAUUAAUCGUAUUGAAAUAAUUCAUCAUUUCAUUAAUAGUUAAUGGAACAGAGAGUACUUAAAAGAAAGAGAGAAAAUAAUAUAUGGUGGUGCGUAUAGGAGGAGAUUGGUUAAGUUUAUUUUCUUUGGGGCAUCUGAGAGAAUAUAGCCCCAUCUUCCAGGCUGAAGUUUAUGCUGUUAAUUUUUUUAUCAGUCACAUUGUUAAUCUUUCAGAUCCCAAUAGUAGAAUCUGAAAUCAAGAAAGAAGCUGGUGAGAUGAAGCCUGAGGAGGAAAUUACUGUGGGUCCUGCCCAAAAACUGGUUACUGAAAUGGGAACGUAUGCUACACAGAGUGCUCUUAGCAGUUCCAGACCUGCCAAAAAAGAAGAAGACAGGUGAUUUGGCUUUUGCCUUUGUUAGCAGUGGAUGAUUUACAACUGGUGCUUUUGUGUGAGUACAAGGGCUUUAGAUCUGGCAGGAGGUGUCCACUCACGUAAGAUGUGCGGAGCUGAUUUUCCCCUGAUUUCCCCAUUAACGCUACAGCUGCCACCCCCAGUUUUUUUAGAUGGGAGAUGGGGUCCAAGGAACUUUGCGGGGAGAGAGAAUUGAAGGAAAUCCCCACUACUUCUCUGCUUAGAUGGUGCAACAGCAGCAGGAGCACUAGUGGGAUUUAAAUAUUUAUAUAUAUAAACCUAUCUUUAAAAAUAAAUAAAUCAAUGUUUACACAAGUCUGCCAAUGUGAUACAUUUUAUUAUACAAAAAUGUAUACCUUGUUUCUCCCUUCCAGAAAGGAGUUGCUUGUAAUGACUUGCCAAAAUAUGAAAAUAUGUAUAAAACACAGUUGCCAGACUAAAGCUGCCUUAAAGGGCAAGAACACAAAGAAUCCAAAUGAUAUAUAAUGCUUGAUGCAAUUCUUUCUGUUCCUGUAAUCUCUCUAAUCGUCUCAACUUUCCAGUAAUGACGCUUGAACAGACUGCAGCAGUUAUUGUCUGUGAAUAUUGGACAGAAGAGGGCGGUGUGCCUUUACUGCCAUAUGGUCAGAGCCGAGUAUAUUGUUUCAAGUUUUUAAGAAACAAAACUCAGAGUACAGAAUUCCUUGGAGAUUUUUUCUCUCUCUUAGCAAGCAGCCAGGAGUUGGAAAGCACAUCAUUGGCAGGAGACACUGAGUUCAGACGGGAUAUCUGCAUGUUGGCAGCGAGUCCUGCUGAGUCAUUAGAGAAGAGAAUCUUGUUGCUGUGGCCCAGGGCAUAGACACAAAGCAAAGAGUUGUUUGCAGCUUGGGUAAAGCUGCUUACAAAAAAAUAACCGCCCUCCCCCCCAAGAAAAACAGCCCACCAAGUACUUACAGUCCCAGCCAGUAACGCGGGGCGGAAUUUUUAUCCAAUAUGGAACAUUUUUGGCCGUUCUGUUCUUCUGUAUGGAAGGAAAAAAUUGAAAAUGCAUCAUUUCAUUAAAUUAAUUAGUAACUUAAUAGAUGAGUAUGUAUCAGUCAACCUGCGUGGCUUAAUCCCCCCAUUCCUGCCCUUUUCUGUGUACUUAUGUAUUUUGAGGGUUUAUUAUGGGUGGGAUGAUAGGUAGUCUGUUACAUCAGGUGCAGCCAGUGUGGUGCCCUCCAGAUGUUUUGGACUAAAAGUCACAGUGACUAAAAGACUAAAAGAUCAGUGACCGUGCUGGCAGGAGCUGCUGGGAGUUGUAGUCCAACAUCUUGAGGGCACCACAAUAACUUUUCCUUCUUUUAUAUUGCUUUGUAUAAAAAAGUAUUGUAAACAUUUAAACAUAUAUAGCUUACAAGCCCACAGGGCACUUUGAUUUAGAUGUUCAGGCUAUCUUUUCUGCUUUUGUCACAUAGCCUCCUGAUUUCAAAACAUUUAGGCACAGUAAGAUGAGUUCUUUUGUUUCUGAAGUCUGUCACAUAGGCCACAUGGCUAAGCAAUAUGUUGGGUGCUGUUUCUAGAUUGCCCUUUUCUCUUUUUUGGUAGGCCUCCACUGAGAGGGUUUUUGCUGGAUGGGGAUUUCUUUGUCGCAGCCUCCCUCGCCACAACUCUGACCAAGAUUGCGUUACGUUAUGUGAUGCUGGUUCAAGAAAAAAAGAAGCAAAAUGUACGUUAUAUUUCUUUGAAUUGUGCUUAAGGGAUUCCUGCCUCUGAAACUUGGUGAGAGGACAGCCAUCUCUCUUAGAUACUUGAAGAUCACACCUUUUGGACAGUCUCUUUAUACUCAAGGCACCUUCACUGCUUUUACAGCUCGCUUUGUGUGAAGGUGUACUACUUAGUUUCAAGCUAACAAAUUGCGGCUGUCAGCUUCAGAUAUAAUCUGUGUCCCCCAUUUUUGAUUGAGUUUUGCAUGUUAUUUUUAAGAGGGAGUGUUGAGUUCUUGGAAUUCAAAACGAAAUGCACAUCCUAAUAUUCUCCUCUUUCCCCCUCCUUCAGUCUUUUGUAGCUGAGGCGAUGUUGCUCAUGGCUACUAUCCUCCAUUUGGGAAAGUCAUCUCUUCCCAAGAAACCAAUAACGGAUGAUGACGUGGAUCGGAUUUCUCUCUGCCUGAAGGUCCUCUCAGAAUGUUCCCCGCUAAUGAAUGACAUCUUCAACAAGGAGUGCAGGCAGUCCCUUUCUCACAUGUUGUCUGCUAAGCUGGAAGAGGAGAAGCUCUCGCAGAAGGUGAGAGCUCAAAAUUGCCCGUGUAACAGUAACAUUUUGUAGGCCUCUGACUCUUGACAAAAAGCCCAGGUAACAGAGGGUUGUUCCUUGUGUGUAUGUUAUAUCUCAACUCAUCCCUAUUCCUCUUUACCACAGAAAGAGUCUGAGAAGAGAAGUGUGACAGUUCAGCCAGAUGAUCCCAUUUCCUUUAUGCAACUCACUGCUAAAAAUGAAAUGAGCUCAAAGGAAGAUCAGUUUCAGCUGAGUCUUCUAGCAGCUAUGGGGAACACACAAAGGAAAGAAGCUGCAGAUCCACUGGCAUCCAAGCUCAACAAGGUGAUGUCAAAUAUCCGUCUUCCCAGGCGGUCCUUAGGACUGAAGCAAAAGAAAUCCUUUCACUUUCCAUGCUGUUUUUUAAUUAUUAAAAAAAGGGCAAGAUUCAGCUUUUGACUCCCAUAAUCGGAAGGCUUCCUCUUGAGCCAACAGUGCUUUUCCCCAGUAUACCCUCGGGGGGUUGUCAGGUGAACCUCCAGAAUAGGGCACAGCUGAAAUGCAUGCCCUGGUGGAACAAACAACAAAGUGCAGCACUGAAUUAGUCCCAUAAUUACAAUUGACACAGUGCUGGCAUACUCUUGUCACUUUCCCCUGCAGCAAACCAAUUAGGCAGUUAAUGCUUCUGUUACCCUUACAUUGGCUUGUGAUAUUAGAAAACAUAUUGAAAAGUCUUGUAAGUUGCAUUCUUACAGCAGUUAGUCCUGUAGGGAUUCUUGCUGCCUUUUUAAACAAGCAGAGGAAAGCCUUGAGAAAAAUCUGUGCAACAAGGGGGCCUUGCUGUGGUUGAAGAGAAUGAAACUGACAAGAUAAGUUGUUUUUACUGGGCAAAACACAGAAAUGACAUUAGUUCAUUAGAGUGUCUUAUUUAACAUAUCUCCCAAGUGUACAGUUUACAGAAAGAUAUGGAUGCCAGAGAGGGUAGCUGUGUUCUGGUAUUAAUAAUCGGAAAUGGUUUGGGAUGUGGAAGAUCUUAAAUCUCCUUAUGGACCUAAAUGGAAGAGAAUAGUGUAAGGGAAUAAUGCAGUUUUCAGUAGUGAUGCUUCAUUUUCAAUAAUGUAUGCCAGCUUUUUGUUAAGACGCUAACCUCGCAAUCCUAUACCUCUCUGAUCAGAAGUGAGUCACAUUGAAUUUCAACAGGGCUUCCUCCCAUUUAAGUCAGGAUAGGAUUGCAGCCUAACUCUCUAUUUAUGUUUGGCAGGUGACUCAGUUGACAGGAUUCUCGGAUCCAGUCUAUGCAGAGGCGUAUGUUCAUGUCAACCAAUAUGAUAUUGUAUUGGAUGUGCUCGUGGUAAACCAGACCAGUGAUACGUUGCAGAAUUGCACACUAGAAUUAGCUACAUUAGGUAAACAAUUACAGAUAUAACAAUUAUGUAAAAUGCUUUACUGGUAAUAGUUUUCCCCCUGGAUAACUUCUACGCAUCCUCUCUUUAAACAGGUGAUCUGAAGCUUGUGGAAAAACCAUCUCCUCUGACACUUGCUCCACAUGAUUUUGCCAAUAUUAAGGCUAAUGUGAAAGUCGCUUCCACCGAGAAUGGAAUAAUUUUUGGUAAUAUCGGUAGGUAUUCUGUAUUAUCUGCUAUAGAUUUUGGAAUAUUGUUUGUCUGUCUGUCUCUUCUCUAUUCAUUUGGACACCUUAUAAGAUACUGUGACCAAAUUUUGCAUGAUGUUUUCUGAGAUCAAGGAACAGAUUUUUGUCUUAUGUUUGGAUACAGCUGAACCCCAUUUUGAAUCAAGAUGGUGGACCUUACCUUUUAAAGCCGCACUGAUUGUUUGCUUAGAAUUACUGAGCAAUACUGGGUACAAGUCUGAUAGUAUACAGUAACUAAGGAGUCUUUAAAGUGUGUUGCUUUGAUUCUAUUUUAUAAGAAUGUGACUGUAUUUAUUUUACAAACUUAGCUUUAGGAAAACGCUAUUUUGAAAGAGAUGUCUCCAUUCUGAAUUGGAAGGAGUAUGAGUUUCAUUCAACCUUUAAAUUUGUUGCAAGUUAUGUAAUGGUCUCCAUUCUCCUAAUCUCUUUCUCUUUUAGUGUAUGAUGUUUCUGGAGCAGCUAGUGACAGAAACUGUGUUGUCCUCAGUGACAUCCAUAUUGACAUCAUGGAUUACAUCCAGCCUGCUACUUGUACUGAUGCUGAGUUCCGUCAGAUGUGGGCAGAAUUUGAAUGGGAAAACAAAGUGAGCUCUCACUACCCUUUAUUUAUCCACAUUUUAAAAUAGAAUAUUAUUAAGAAACCAUACAGGUGUGGGUGUGGGAGAUAUGCUUUGUUUGUUUUUGUCCCUUGGAAGCAGCUUUCUAGGGAACAUAUGCAGCUAUUUGCAGGAGCAUAAGAGCCCAAGUAUACAUGCAGAACACCGCAUGCCGGUCUUUGCAUCUGAGCUACUGUACUGCUUUCAGAAAAACUACCACUCUGGCUCAGGUGCACCUCCCAUGGCAAUACACUUUUUCUUGGGCUGAAAUUUGUUUCAAAUACAGGCUUCUGAGUUGUGCAGGACCCUUUCAGAUAUAUGGCAAAUGUGUGCUGUUUCGUUUCGUUUGGUCACAUUAAAUAGAAUAGGGUGUAUUAUCUAAUCCUUCUGAACUUGUUACGAGGUAGAACAGCCCCUGUUUCCAUGUUAGAUGAACAGCCUUCCACAUAGAUCUUAUCAGCCUUGAGUGAAUUUAGCUUCUGUAGGUUCUUGGUACGAUGAUUGUCCUUGUAUUUAUUUAUUUUUCAAGGUCACUGUGAAUACAAAUAUAAUAGAUCUGAAUGAAUAUUUGCAACAUAUAUUAAAGUCAACUAAUAUGAAGUGCCUUACUCCAGAAAAGGUAAUACCUUUUGCUAAUAAAUUAUAACUCUGAUCUCAAAUCACAAAUAAAACCACUUUCACUGAAUUUAAAUCUGUUCUGUUACCCAGAUACAUUGGCUUGGAUCCUAACUUCCCUUCUGUGAAUGAAUCGGGUUACAUUCAUGGAGUGGGGCUUUCCCACCUCCCUUUCCAUUAGCAGCCCUCUAUAAUCUCCCCCCCACCCCCGGUGGAGAAUUUUCUUCCGAGGUUUGGGAGACGUUUGGGUUAUGUUGCUAAGAGCUACAAAUGAAAGGACAUUUGGCACAAAUGGAAGAGCAACUUAGGAUCCAAGCGAUUAUAUGAUUCUCUUUGUCUUUUGGGUUUAGAAACGGAGGGGUUUUUUAAAGUGUAAUUUAGCUCCGCGUUGAGUCCAUGCAUUUAUUAUUAUUGAUUAUUAUAAUAAUCACCAUCUGCCUUGAAUCCCUUAUGAGGCGCAGGGUGGGUGUAGGUGUGUCUGUAAGUAAAUAAUGUAGUUUAAGAUGCUGUGUAGGGAUGAGUUAAUUUCAAAAAAUAAAUAAAAUGCCCUUGUAAAAGGUGUAUAAAAUAUUGUCUUUCUAGGCACUUUCUGGUUACUGUGGCUUCAUGGCAGCCAAUCUGUAUGCACGGUCCAUAUUCGGAGAAGAUGCCCUUGCAAAUGUCAGCAUUGAAAAGCCCAUUCAUCUUGGGCCUGAUGCUCCAGUCACCGGACACAUAAGAAUUCGUGCAAAAAGUCAGGUAAUUAUAUUUUAUAUGUCUCCUCAAAUAGUCAGCUCCCAAACUGAUGUUGCAAGUUUGAAAUUGACAAAUUAAUAUUAUCUAAUUGGUAAUCGGGUUAAUGUCUUUCCGUGUUAGGAUAUCUAGGUAGAGUGGGCAACUGUGUCCUGUAAUAGAGUUACAGAUGAAUUUCCAAGUAAACAUUUGAGACAUAAAUCUCUAUUUAGCAGGAUGGUGUCUGAAAUAGUUGGUUGUAAAUUAUGCUUUUCCAGGUGUGUGACAAAUUCUUGGACCUGUAAAUACCAUCGCAGUCUACUGGAAAAUGUGCUCAUGAAACUGAGGCGACUCUCAGAAGUGCAAUGCAAGGAGCACCAGACUUGGCUGACAUUCUAGUAUGUAUCCAGUCCCUUCAUGGACAUACUAGAAUGUCAACAAAGUCCACUUCUAACAAUGGCUUCUUGCAUUGCACCAGAAGCUGUUUUUGAUAGAAACUGCAUUUUCCACAGAAAAAAGUUCCUCUGUGUCUCAACUAUGUAUGGAAGAAGCAGUGUCAGAGACAGAAGUGGCGCUUUUUUGCCUCCAGCACAUACUAUUUAGUUCUGUGGGGGGAUUUGAGUUUGAGCAUCUUAUCGCUAAGAAAUCUCAGAAUGAGAUGAAACGCUCAAGAUUGCAUCCAAAACUUAGGCAAGCAGAAGGACACUUAUGCAAUAAAGUUUCCUCACUGCAGUUCCCCAUGCCACUGCCACCUCCCCUCAAAAAAAGAAAAGGGAAAAAAAGAGGUUUCUGCUGGGGAGUUGUGAAAUGAGGAAGGAAUCCAGAAAAAAAGAUAAAAGCAGUUUGCAGGAGGAUUCACAUGCAUGUUGCAGGGAUGGAGAACCCCUGGCCCUCCAGAUGGUCCUGGACACCAAUUCAUUGUCUGUUCCAGGCAGAAUGGCCAAUGGUCAGAGCCGAUGGGAGCAGUAGUCCAACAUGGAAAUCUGCCUUCUACUUUGGCUCAGUAUUGUUUACAUUGAUGGCAGUGGCUCCCCAGGGAUUGAGGCAGGAGUCUCUCUGAGCCCCGCUUGGAAAUGCUUCAGGGCUGAGGUUUUCUGCAUUCAAAGCAGAUGCUCUUCCACCAAGCUCUCUUCCUUUUCCAAGGACCACGUCUUCCUGGGGAGCACAGUUUCCCCAUCUCUGCCUUAAUGCAUACAGUGGUAUUAAAAGCAGUGAUGGAAAACUAUCUGCCCACACUGCAUGAUGAAAAUGACCACCACUUUACAAUAAUCUUUUGUAGUUUGCAAAAUAUGAGCCAGAAUGGGAUAGGAAACUUCUUUUCCAGAGCCAAAGGCUGUCUUCCCUUCUCACUUCAGGAGCAGAAUAGAAUAUUGUAUCAAUAUCACAAAGCUCUGCCCAUCUCACUCUUCAUGAUGUUAUAAUGCCUGACAUAUAGGAGGGAAUCUGCCAAAUAAUAUGGUCCUUACUGGAAGGGAAUGGAAAUGUUGGUAUUUGCUCUCAAUCAAAAUAUAGGAAUUGAAUUAUUACUGGGUAUUUCUCCACUAAACUUGCCUUUGAGAUCCCCUCCCCCCUCCCCUCCAGUAAAGCUUCUCCAUGUAACACAUUCCUCCUUUAAUUAUGACACUCUCUGCUGCUGUCCUGGCAGCAUUUAAUUUGAUGAAAGAUUGAAGUAGCCAAUGUUGAUUUAGGUUUCCCUCUGUAUCAAGGGUUGCCUGCAGUAUAGCUAUUUCAGCGUUCUAUUAGAAAAUAGACCUAACCUUAGAAACCCUGCUUUGAUCUGUGAAUGACAGGUAUUUCUGGUUGGAUAUAUAAAUAGAGAAAAUUGUUUCUAUUGCAUGUUAAUAAUUAAUUUAGACAUGUACCCAUUAAUCUCUCAUCUCUUUUGCAGGGAAUGGCUCUCAGUCUCGGUGACAAAAUCAAUCUCUCUCAGAAGAAAACUAAUCUAUAA